AUGACAGACAAAAAGGGGCAGCAGGAAAUGGUUCAGUUGGCGGGCGGUGCAGACAACUCCGAACGCGCAGACUCUCCUUUCUGGGCUGGUCGGAAUGCAUCCCUGAACCAGGGUUCGUCAAAAGCCUACGGAAAGAACACAGUUGUUGGCGCCUCAUACUCUCACGCCAACAUGGUUCAAGGCGCGUCGUCUCACCAACGAACCAAGACACCGCCCCGGCCAUUGGGAAAUGCCCCGUACCCCGCGUCGCACCUGGCGAACCGAUCUGGAAACGUGGUAGCCUCACCUCCCCGACAAACAUAUCCUGGGAUCAUGACACAAGGCGUAGAUGAAUGGAGCCGGGAUCCUACCGAGGAUGAAGAUGACGACGACGACGACGACGAGAUUGUUUACGAUGAUGAUGAAGAUGAAUUCGGACUUCCCAGCCUUGCCAGCAUGCGCAGAAAGAAGGAGGUACCUUUUCAAUCGAAGAAUAUGGAUCCUGGCAGAGCAAUGGGAGGUAACCCUACAUCUCUGGGAUUCGGCAUGGCCGCCGCGAACAGACAACGCGCCAAUAGCUCGGAUAUCGCCGAGGAACGCGGAACCCCAAUGUACCCAACUGCGCACAAGGGCGAAGGGAAAAUCCUACGGCCACAGUACAAGGAUAUCUUGCAAGAUCCUGCAAACGCUUUGAAUCUCAUCAAUCACUCGGCCCCACCCUCCAAUGCCUCCCCGAAGGAGAGGGAGAUGCAUUCGAGUCACAUCACGCGGAUCAAUAAAUUCAAGCGCAUUUUGCAGGCUAGUACUGUGUCUCUUACCGAGUUGCGGGACCUAGCAUGGUCUGGGGUUCCUGAAGAGGUUCGGCCAAUGACCUGGCAACUUUUGCUUGGAUAUCUCCCAACAAAUAGUGAACGACGUAUAUCGACACUCGAGAGAAAGCGCAAAGAAUAUUUGGACGGAGUACGACAAGCCUUUGAACGCGGCAGCUCCGCUGCCACGAACCCCCCUGCCUCGAGCAUGGGACGUGGAAGAGGACUGGACGAGGCCGUCUGGCACCAGAUCAGUAUUGAUGUUCCUCGGACCAGCCCUCAUAUCCCUCUCUAUGGCUACGAGGCCACUCAACGGUCUCUAGAACGAAUCCUCUAUGUGUGGGCCAUUCGUCACCCGGCGAGUGGCUACGUGCAAGGUAUUAACGACCUGGUUACCCCUUUUUGGCAGGUUUUCCUAGGAGUGUACAUUACCGAUCUCAACGUUGAAGAGGGCAUGGACCCGGGCCAGCUACCUCGCAGCGUUCUGGAUGCGGUGGAAGCUGAUACGUUCUGGUGCCUGACCAAACUUCUCGACGGCAUCCAAGACAACUACAUUUAUGCCCAGCCGGGCAUUCAGCGACAGGUCAAAGCCUUACGGGAUUUGACGAAGCGCAUUGACUUGGCCCUGGCCAACCAUCUAGAACAAGAGGGUGUGGAGUUUAUGCAGUUCAGUUUCCGGUGGAUGAACUGUUUGCUCAUGCGGGAAAUGAGCAUAAGGAACACGAUUCGCAUGUGGGAUACGUAUAUGGCCGAGGAGCAGGGCUUCUCACGAUUCCACCUAUACGUUUGUGCUGCAUUCUUGGUUAAAUGGACAGAUCAGUUGGUGAAGAUGGAUUUCCAGGAGGUGAUGAUGUUUCUCCAAGCACUGCCUACAAAGGACUGGACCGAGAAAGAUAUUGAGCUCUUGCUCAGCGAAGCUUUCAUCUGGCAGAGCUUGUUUCAGGACUCACGCGCUCAUCUCCGGCCAACUGGGAACGAACCUCCUGAAAAUGGUAUCUUUUAUUGA